AGCUUAAGUAAUUUGCGUUGUUUUGGUCGUAGUCUGACAAAGAGAACUAGCAGACAGAGAAAGAAGGAAUCAAAAGAGAAUUUCACAUUUAGUGGAGCGGUAGCAUGACUGUUUUCAACAAAAAAAUACAUUUGGAAUAGUAUUUCACGUCGUCGUCAGCCAGCAAGGACUAUCGACAAUUGCUUCUGUGUUUAUGGGGGCGAAGUUCUCAAAGAAACGUCGGUGCGUUUCUUUCGGCCUGAAAUCGGGAAUUUUGUUCAUUUGUGUCCGAUUUGAAUGUUGGUCGGUCUGACACUGGGAGCCGCCAUGGCUGGUGCUGUCGGAUCCUUUAGUGUCAAUAUAAGAAUAUGAAGAUUAGCGAUUGGACCUGAUAUUGUUUUAUUUUGAGAAUCAUUCAACGUAAGCAGACUUGUCGUUCAUGCCAUUGUAUGUAGCCUAUUCCUCUUUACCGCGUUGUUUUUUUAAUGGACUGGCAACUUUGAGAGGCCCAAUUUUAUGAGACACCUGGCUCAGGCCGUUAUUUUCUAGAAUGCCUUUAUAACGUUAGCCUAGGUAAGUGAAAGGAACAUACAAAAUAAAAGGGAUGACAGAUUAUUGCUGAAUGUGGCUGGACGACAGCUCGAGAACAGACACAGCUGACCGGUUCGAAAUUAGUUCGCUAGCUAGCUGGCUGGCUAGCUCGUGUUAGAACGAUAUAAGAAGAAGCAGACCUCUAUCGUGGAAUUGGCUACCAAUUUUCACUUACAUUUUUUUAAAUAAAAAAACAACGCAUUCUACAGAGGACAGUCGAAGACUAAUAGAACUGGAAAAAGUACGAUUCGACUGAAGACGAAGCAGGGAUAACUUGGAUUGGAAUAUGUCGGGUCGGCCCAGAACCACCUCCUUCGCAGAGAGCUGCAAAGCGGUGCCGCAGCCUUCAGCAUUUGGCAGUAUGAAAGUCAGCAGAGACAAAGAUGGCAGUAAGGUGACCACGGUGGUAGCGACCCCAGGCCAGGGCCCCGACCGGCCGCAGGAGGUCAGCUAUACAGACACUAAGGUCAUCGGCAACGGCUCUUUCGGCGUGGUCUACCAGGCUAAACUGUGUGACUCCGGGGAGCUAAUAGCCAUCAAGAAGGUUCUGCAGGACAAGAGGUUCAAGAACCGGGAGCUGCAGAUCAUGAGGAAACUGGACCACUGCAACAUAGUGCGUUUACGCUACUUCUUCUAUUCCAGUGGAGACAAGAAGGACGAGGUGUAUCUCAACCUGGUUCUGGACUACGUUCCUGAGACUGUGUACAGAGUUGCUAGACACUACAGCCGAGCCAAGCAGACCCUCCCCAUGGUCUAUGUGAAGAUGUACAUGUACCAGCUCUUCCGGAGCUUGGCCUACAUCCAUUCCUUUGGGAUCUGCCAUCGGGACAUCAAGCCCCAGAACCUGCUGCUGGACCCGGAGACAGCCGUGCUCAAGCUCUGUGACUUUGGCAGUGCGAAGCAGCUGGUCCGUGGUGAGCCCAAUGUGUCCUACAUCUGCUCACGGUACUACAGAGCCCCAGAGCUCAUCUUUGGGGCCACUGACUACACCUCCAGCAUAGAUGUAUGGUCCGCUGGCUGCGUUCUAGCAGAACUGUUGCUAGGGCAACCCAUUUUUCCCGGUGACAGUGGGGUGGAUCAGCUGGUGGAGAUCAUCAAGGUUCUCGGCACUCCCACUCGGGAGCAGAUCCGAGAGAUGAAUCCCAACUACACUGAGUUUAAGUUCCCUCAGAUCAAGGCACACCCAUGGACUAAGGUGAGUCAACAGCCUUGUGUGAUUGGCUCUCAGGUGUUCCGGCCGCGCACGCCCCCUGAGGCCAUCGCUCUGUGCUCGCGUCUGCUGGAGUACACCCCCACAGCGCGCUUCACGCCCCUGGAGGCCUGUGCCCACACCUUUUUCGACGAGCUCCGGGACCCCAACCUCAAGCUGCCCAACGGGCGCGAGAAGCCCCUGCUCUUCAACUUCUCCACACAGGAGUUGUCCAGUAACCCCUCCUUAGCCUCCAUCCUCAUCCCCGCCCACGCCCGGAAUCAGCCCGGGGCCUUCACUCCUACCAACGCCUCCGCACCCUCAGAUGCCAACAGCGGAGACCGUGGCCAUACCACCAACGCUGCCUCCGCCUCCAACGCCUCCACCUGAGACCUUCCUGACCCCGCUGCCCAUGCCCCAGCUCCUGGACAACAACAGUGGCAUGGCGGCACACCAACCAAUUAAUAAAGCAAAGCAAGAAAACUGACGCCCGAAAAGAUGAACACAAGGAAAACCGAAUCGGAACUUCGUUAUUCCCCUACCACCUCCACCCUCUCCUCUCCCAUCGUUUUAAUGUUUGUUUAUUUAUUUGUAUAAAAAGGACAACCGUGAUAUGUUCUCAGAGCUGCUCUUCAUCUUUCUGUACUUUGAAGAAGAGGGGACCGGGUGUGUUGAGUGUAGAGAUAAUGUAUAGCUAUAUAAGUAUACAAAAGUACUCUGGCGUGUUAGUUUCCAUGGACAAUCUUCUUUUUAUCGUAUGCUAGAUAAAGUCAUCCCACUCUCUCUGUGUAGGAGAGGCCUCUACUUGCGUCCUGCAACAGCCUUACGUUCAGACUGUGGCCCAUCGGGGCCCCUGUCGACCCCUUCCCACCCAUUCAUACAUAUACAUCUGAGGACCUUGAUGACGUCGCGACUUUUAAUGGUUGACCUCGAUAUCUGUGUCUGUGUUCAAUGUACACAUAAACAAUUGGUAUAUUGUAGAAUUGUGUCAGCUACUUUCUCUCCCACUUCAGAAAUCACACUCCUGCUAUGCAGCACCAUUUUUAGAUUCUGCUCGUAGGGCAACAGCUGUCUCGUAACUCUGCACGUUUUUUGGGUACGUCCCCCUUUUAGCUCCGAGAAACGGUGCAUAAAUGAGUUUUACCGCGUUUUUCCCCUAAGGGUUAUGACGUACCGACAAAACUUUGCCAGAACAGACCUAAGAGCAAGAAAGAGGUUCUGUCUCGUGAUUUCAAUGAAGACCAGGACCUCUAUUACUUUUCCUGCUGCUUGUCAGAUAGACAUUAUGACUAGUAAAGUCUGGCAUUGUUCUGUUUCUUGUUAGUGGGUGGGUUUCGAGGACUGGCUAUGAAGGAUGCUUGGAUGCGGGCGUAUGAUUGCAUUUCCUCACAAUCUUUUGUUACCAUUCUGUGUCCGAAUGUUCCCUAUAAUUUAGUGCACUACUUUUGACCACAGUCCACAUAGUGAGGCAAAAAAGUAUUUGAUCCCCUGCUGAUUUUGUACGUUUGCCACUGACAAAGAAAUGAUCA